GUGCCUGCAGGAAACCUGGGGGCAGAUAACCUCCAUGUACUUAAGCACGCGGAAGCGGUAUAAGUGGCUGCACUUCAGUGAGGAUUGUCUCUACCUAAAUGUUUAUGCCCCAGUGCUCGCCGCUGGGGACCCUCUGCUGCCGGUGAUGGUUUGGUUCCCCGGAGGCGCCUUCCUCGUCGGCUCCGCUUCUACCUACGAUGGCUCAGAGUUGGCCGCCCGCGAGAAAGUGGUGCUGGUGUGUCUGCAGUACAGGCUGGGGAUCCUGGGCUUCUUCAGCACGGGCGACAGCCAAGCCCGCGGAAACUGGGGGCUGCUGGACCAGGUAGCGGCUCUGCACUGGGUGCAGGAGAACAUCGCGGCCUUUGGUGGAGACCCGGACAGUGUAACACUAUUUGGCCAGUCGGCAGGAGCUAUGAGCGUCUCGGGAUUGCUGAUGUCACCCCUAGCCCAAGGUCUAUUCCAUCGGGCCAUUUCCCAGAGUGGUACUGCAAUACUGAAAUCCUUCAUCACUCAUGAUCCAUUGAAGGCAGCCAAGGAGGUUGCUCACAUGGCUGGCUGCAACCACAACAACACUAGGAUCAUGGUAGAAUGCCUGAGGGCUCUAUCAGGGGAUGAAGUGAUGCAUGUUUCCAAGAGGAUGUCAUUCUUUCAUGCCAACUUCAAGAAAGAUCCAAAAGAUAUUGUAUGGUUCCUGAGUCCUGUGGUGGAUGGUGUGGUGUUCCCAGAGGACCCUGUGGUGCUCCUGACCCAUGGGCAGGUUACACCUGUGCCCUACCUUCUAGGUGUCAACAACGUGGAGUUCGAGUGGGCCUUGCCUUUUCUCAUGAAGUUCCAGAUAACUCGGCAUAUGAUGAACAAAAAAUACUUCACCAAACUGCUCUGGAGUUUCAGCACCCUGCUGAAUAUCACUAAGGAGCAGAUCCCACUGGUGGUGAAGGAGUACUUGAACGAUGCUGCCAAUAAACAUGACUGGACGACGUUCCGAAACCGGGUGAUAGACCUAGUUGGAGAUGCCACCUUCGUGUACUCCACACUUCAAGCUGCACGCUACCACCGGGGGACCCCAAUCACAGAAAGCUGCCCUACUGGCCACGCUUUGACGAGGAUGAAAAGUACCUGCAGUUGGAUUUCGACACAAGUGUGGGUAUGAAGCUCAAAGAGAAAAAGAUGGCUUUCUGGGGGAGGCUGCGCCAGCCUCGGAGGACUUAGAAGCAGCAGCGACACUGAGAGUGACCAAGCAAGGGGGAACUAUCCUACCGUCCUGCCUCAGGGAGAUUGGCCCUGCAUACAACUGAGGACAGCCGUCCUGUCCACCAAAUGUAGGACCUGUAGACACUCCCGGCUACCUUCAGGCUAUCGCUGGAGCCCUAGUCCAUCAUGGGGCUCAGCACUACCUGUCCAGCCUGACAUCCCAUGGCACCCCACAUCUCACUGUCUAAACCAGGCCAGGGCCUUUCAUCACACCGUGCUCUGCUCCCCACAAGCUCAGCCUCAGGAUAAUCUCUUCUCUCCCUUUUCCAAGUCCUCUUACCCUUCAUGAUGUAUUUGCAGCCCCCUCUUAUGGAAACGUCACACAGGCUGUCACGUUCUGUCAUUGCACCCUGCUGUCAUUGAUCAUCUACCCUCUUCAACCUGCCUGCUCAUGCUGGCCUUGAGGCCCCAGACAAUCUAUUCAUGACAUGGUGCAAAACUUUGAUGGCUUGGGAUCUGUUCCCCUACCCACACUCAUCUCCCCUAGGGCCCUUCCAAAGCCGGUACCUAGAAAUGAUGCUC